AUCGCGAUGGUGACUCGUCGGAGUCAUAAAAAAUCGAGGAACGGAUGCAUACGAUGUAAAGAGCGACAUAUCAAGUGUGAUGAAGGUCUCCCCAAAUGUACUUCGUGUGCAGACCGUGAAUUACACUGCGAGUACGUUACUAUCAGAGCCGAGGGCAGGCAGCGCACUGUGCCUUCGGUGGGACCGAGCCCGGAAACCACUACUUCUCUCGCACUCAGCGAUUCUGAUGGAAAUGGCAUGUUCCUCAAUAAACGACUAGUAGAGGCGAAGUUGCUGCACCAAUACUACACUAGCACAUGCAAGUCAAUUGGAAAAGAUGAGCACAGCCAAAAAGUCUGGCAGACCACCCUACCCGACCUGGCCACCAGCAAUGAACCUGUCUUGGACAGUAUACUGGCAUUUGCGGCCCUGCAUCUAGCUUAUCUAGAACCAAAUAGACGACUGUCCUGGAUAAGGCUUGCACUGGAGUACAGCAAGGAAGCAUAUGCGGGGUUUGCGAAACUCAUUAGUCGGCUUUCGCCUUCGACAGCACCAUCAGCUUUUGCAUGCUCGGUCCUUAUUGCCCUGUCUGCCAUGGCCCAGCAUGGCGCGCUUGGCAUCAAAAUUGGUCCAACAUACCUCUCGGAGGCUCUACGACUGAAAAAGCUUAUGCACGGUUGUGUUGUAUUCCACAAUGCUAUCCACCAAUUUGGAGUUCAAGAGCGGAUUUUGCAUCACACCCUCGGGAAUAAAGAGAACAAACAUCAAUAUGAAGACGCAAUGCUCGCAAUGAAGCGGUACGAUUAA